UGUACACAAGGUCAGGUUACAAUAGUGUAGAGAGAAUGAAGAUCAAUGACUAGUAACGCGAUCAUCUUGGAGGAACGCAAACAGCAAUGGUUUGAACAAGUCUAAGGAAGAACAAAUAACUAAAUUGUGCUAGUUCUGAACUAGGCAGUGUCAACUAAAUACAAAGCACUGAGAGAAGACAACAUAUGCACAUAGCUGAAACAGUAUUCAUUUAGUUGGGAACGUAAAGGAAAAGCAUUUCAUUUCCAUGAAACCUGACAGCCGUUGGGACCCUAGUGUGAGAAAUGUUCAUCGCAUAAAACCAAUUAUUCACUAGAUGUCAUGGCAGAAAACAGCUUCAUGCUGAACCGGCGGAACUUAAUAAAACUGAUAAAGUUGCACAGCUUUGCUACUCGUGAAUGUUAAAACACUAUGAAGAAUAGAUAUCAAAAUAUUGCCAUCCACACAUAUGGCAGACCAAAAAGAAAGGAAACAAUCAGGUUGGUUAGUAAGGUCAUAAUUAGACGUGCCAAUGUAGUUCAUCCCAAUUCCCAUCUCAUAUUAACUUCUUUCGCAGAUCAUUUUGUUUUACAACGCAAUAAAUGCAGUAACGAAGGUGCAUUGCAGAUAAAUUCAAACAAGAGAGCUGGAGAAAAUCUAGAGCAAUACCCCAACAUUGUUGUACUCCCACAGCUUAUGAACUCCAUAAUCCACAGCCUGCACCAACCAAAUAAAGAGUUUUUUAAUUACUGGGACUGGGAGGAGUUUAUUAUUAGAUCGCAGGCUUCAACAGUCAAUUCUUACAGAUAAACGACUGCUACCAAGCAUCUCAAUCAGGAACUCUGAAACCUAAUUAAUGCAUAAGAAAAGCUCAGGGCCGUUCAGAUCCACGUCACAGUGUUGUCGAUAACUGAUCUUAAGUACUAAUGAUCGAAGGCUUUCGAAAAAGAAAAAAACAGCUCAAAGCGACCUCUGAACAUCGAAAGCUAGAUCAUUUUCCAUACAAUUCGCCCAAAUCAAUCAAUUCCUCUGCCAAAUCUCAAGCAUUCACAACGACAGCGAAUUCAAUAAAUCAUUGACAUAAGCGAAAAGUACCCUUUCUCCGAAAAAAGCACCGGCGAGGACGAAGGUGGCAUAGACGGAGGUACGGCGCAUGAAAACCUUGUAGAUGCCUUCGAAAAGGCCACUUUGACCUCUACGUGGUACGUGUUCCAUGGUGACUAGCCUGGAUUACACAGUUCGGAUAUGUCCUCUCCUCUCCUCUCCUCUCUAGGGUUGCAGAGAACAGGGAAACGGGAAAGAAGAGAUGCGUCUGCGACCAGACAACUUUUGACGAUGGCGUUGGCGAUGGAGGAGGAGUUGUUGUUUUUCCCUUUUUUUUAGAAUUGACGAAUUGAGUUAAGCUUAGCCAGCGUACCGGAUCGACCCUGACCUUUUGGGCCUCAUCUAUUGCUCAGUCAUGGCCCAGGACCUGUUCUCCCUCUAAUUAAUUACUACUUUUUUCCGAUUAACCUCCCAAUGUUUUAUCUAUUUACAUAAAGACCCUCCUUCGUUUUAUGUAAUCAUAUUAUGGGGCCUUAUUCGUUAACGAUUCAUAGUAUAAGACUUGUUUAGUAACUAACCUUUUCAGUUUUCACUGUUGAAGGCGGCAGAAGGACGUGGUUAGGAAGAAAUUCGUCCUACUCCUUCCUUCCUUCCUGGUCGACGAGCGCCAAUAGUUUUGGUCAUUAUUGCCAUUUUGUACUUUGAUACUUGCAGCUCUGAGUAAUAGCCAAACCCAACCAAAUUCACAGCUUCAUUCUUGAACAUCCCCGGCGCCAUGGAUUUGAACGACGAGGGCUCCAACUUCCAGCUCAAGGAGAUUCAGACACUUAGCGGUCACACCGAUAGGGUUUGGAGUCUUGCCUGGAAUCCGGCCACCGGAAAUGACGACGCGCAGCCGGUUAUUGCUUCCUGUAGCGGUGAUAAGACUGUCUGAAUCUGGGAACGGAGUGCCUCGACUCGUUCUUGGGACUGCAAGGUUUUGACUUCCUCUUCCUUUUCUGUUUGUCUUUUCUCUCAUUUUGCCUACUCUUAUGUAUGGUAAGGAUUAGGCGAGAGUCAUAAUAGAACCAAGAACAUAGGCCUCCAUGGUUUCUCUUCUUGCCUGCCCAUAUCAAUUACUAACAACAACUUAUUUUUUUCAGGAUGCAUAUCGUUAAGCCUAGUCCUAGAGUGUCAACUAAUCUGUUUAGCUCAAUUGAGAUGACGAGCUAUAGAAAUUAGCUUCAGUAUUGGAUGUUUGCCGUUGCUAAUGAUCAGCGGAGUUAGUUAAUUUCGCAUUGGAACUCAUAUUGGUAAUGAUCGUGCAGGCAGUUUUGGAAGAAACACAUACUAGGACAGUUCGAUCGUGUACCUGGUCCCCUUCUGGGAAAUUAUUGGCUACAGCCAGCUUCGAUGCGACCACUGCCAUUUGGGAGAAUGUUGGGGGUGAUUUUCAAUGUGUAUCCACUCUAGAGGGUCAUGAAAAUGAAGUCAAAAGUGUGUCUUGGAAUGCAUCUGAAUCUCUAUUGGCCACAUGUAGUAGAGACAAAACUGUUUGGAUUUGGGAAGUGAUGCCAGGGAAUGAAUUCGAGUGUGCUUCAGUGUUGCAGGGCCACACACAAGAUGUUAAGAUGGUUAAGUGGCAUCCAACCAUGGACAUUCUAUUUUCCUGUAGCUAUGAUAAUACCAUUAAGGUCUGGGCUGAGGAUGAUACUGGUGAUUGGCACUGCAUUCAAACCAUAGGUGAAUCUAGCAAUGGCCAUUCGUCUACUAUUUGGGCCAUUUCUUUCAAUGCUGACGGGGACAAAAUGGUUACAUGUAGUGACGAUCUUACCUUAAAAGUAUGGGAAGCAGAUAUUGAGGGAAUGAGGUCUGGUAACGAUCAAGUUCUUUGGAAACAUCUUUCUACCCUCUCAGGGUAUCAUGAUCGAACAAUCUUUUCAGUUCACUGGUCAAGGUAAUAGUGACACCUAUUUGAAGCUGAUAGGUUCAGGCAAUCUCUCUGAGUGACAGUACUAAAAUGGCAGCAUAAUGCCAUCUCACAACUCCUUGGCAUAUAAGUUAUCUCAGCCAACAAAGGGAAGUGGGAUGAAAGACUGUUUUUAUUCUCGGGUGAUCCAUUAUGGUAACACCCAGAAGGGCCAGAACAGUCAUCCUUGUUUCCCUAGUUACAUACAGAUUCAAUAACCAACCACUUUAUGU